AGUACUUCCGCUUUAAACGCAAUCGUGUUGUUUGCAAAACGAAUAUCCAGCUGUCUUAUUUGUGUUCAUCCCUGCACAGUUGGAUUGCAUUGAAAGGUCAAGUCACGUGUGCGCGCACACUGUGAAUUAUUCACCGCCGAGCGGCUCCCAGCCUGUCAAACUGUUUACUCCUCAACUUGAGCACAUCCUUCUCGGAGUAGUCGGAUUCCUGUGGCGGGCGCGCUGCUUCGCAUGUGCUCGCUCUUCUCUUUUUUUUUUUUUCUUUCUCUCCCCCUUUUUUUUGUUGCUCUUUCCAACUCGGGCUCUCACGCGGCACUAGCAUGCACGGAGAGGGACUCCGAGUGGGCGGGCCGAGUCGACCUACUUCUGUCCAAUGGGCGCUCGCCGCCGCUCCCCCCUCCGGCCAAUGAGAGCGCGAGGGAGCAGGCUCGGCUUUGGCUGCGUGCGCGGUACACGUGAGGCGAUGGCGCCUUUUGUACACCCGGAGGCAACGUGUUGGUGCGUUCACGUCGCCUGGGAAAAAAAAAAAGGCAACUCACGCGUAGGAUGCUCACGUUUUGUGGGAAUCGAACAGGGGAACCGACACGUAUUCAUCGGGAAACGUGCGAACGUUUUAGAAGGGACUAAAUUUUAGUGUUGUCAGCGGAAUGUAAACAAACACGAGGAUCAAGUGACAGCCGUCUGCCGCCUUGAGGCGCGGCACGAGAGUGGGCGCGUCUCAUAAAUAAUACUCGGAACUUGGAGGGAUCACUUGGCCACGCCUCGGCGCGACUUGUGACGUCACGUGAUCCACCCGUGGCCGUUCCAUCUGAGCUCGGAGACGAGAGGACACACACAGGCUCACAUGCAAAUGAGCACGCCGCCCCGCCCACCUUCCACGCCGUGACUCCUCCCACUCUCCUUCCACGCCACGGACAAGUGAGCGCGAGCAGAGCAGAGACAGAAACAUCAACUUGUCAUUUCAACGACAACACCGACAUUUUUCAGCUCUCGCCCCGAGUUUUUUCCGGUUUCCGCUUCGUCUCCCGAGGAUAACAUUCUUCUUUUUUCUUCUUCUUCUUGUUGCCAUUUUGCUGCUUUUUGUUGUUUUUCUUUCCUUCCUCCCACUUCGUUUCUGCCGAGGAGUGCGAUGGAAUACUUGGAAGCAAAAAUCCUCACACGGAACUAAAAAAGGAGCCCGCUCGUCAACACAUUAAGCCAUACAAACUCCUAUUGGUCGAAUCGCCUCGCCCCUCCAAGUACCCCCCCAGGGUCCCCCCCCGACCCUACAGGUGUCUCAACGCCACCGUCUGGCCCAGGAUGUCCAGGCAGCUCAGCCAGCAGCUCCCCACCCCGGAUCUCCCUGCCGGCGCCAGCCCCCAGUUCGGUUCUUGCACCCAGCCGGCGGGCUCCCUCACAGGGGGCCACCUCAGCUCCAUGGCGGGUCUCAAGUCCCUCCUGCAGCACCCCAUGAAGGGGGACCAGCGGCUCAGGAGCCCCUGCGACGUCAAAGACAAAGAGCGGCCCCAGGACAUGGACGAGGACCCCAUGGGCCCCAUGAGGAACGCGGCGGGAGUAAAUGGCUGCAACGGCGCCAGCGUGGGCGCCAAUGGCGGCGGGAACUUUAACCAGUUCCUGGGGCCCCUGUUGUGGGACCGCACCUUGCCGGCCGACGGGGGCCUCUUCCAGCUGCAGUACAUGGACUUGGAGGAGUUCCUGACGGAGAACGGCAUGGGGAACAUGCACAGCAACAACAGCUCCAGCUCGGCACAGAUCCCCUCCCAGAGCUCCCAGUCGGCCGUGCCCAACCAGAGCUCCCAGUGCCUGCCGCCCCCCUCGCCGCCCGGAUCCUCGUCCUCCUCGCCCUCGUCCUCGCCCUCCCUCCUGGGUCUGGAGGUGGCUCAGCCCCACAGUCUGACGGGGUCCAGUGACUGCCUGCACGGCAGCCAGACGAGUAUGAACGACUCGUACGAGUCUCCGUCCUGCUCGUCCUCCCCGUCGUCUUCCUGCCCGCCGCUGCUCACGCCCACGGACAGCGGGCCGGAGGGCAUGGAGAUGUUCGACAUGGACCCCUCGGACAUGGCUCUGUCCAACGGGCCCGGCCAGCAGAACUUUGACCCCAGGAGGCAGUCCUUCAGCGAGGAGGAGCUCAAGCCGCAGCCCAUGGUGAAGAAGGCUCGCAAGAUCCUGGUGCCCGACAACAUGAAAGAUGAGAAGUACUGGAGCAGGAGAUACAAAAACAACGAAGCGGCCAAGCGCUCCCGAGACGCUCGCCGCCUGAAGGAAAACCAAAUAUCGGUGCGCGCCUCCUUCCUGGAGCGAGAGAACGCCGCCCUGCGACAGGAAGUGGCGGAGAUGCGCAAAGAACUUGGACGAUGUCGCAACAUCCUUAGCAAAUAUGAGAACCGCCUGGCCGACCAGUGAUGGAAUAUUCCGGGCAAGACUUUUGGACUCGAUGAUGAUGACGAUGAUGAAGAUGACGAUGAUGAUGAUGAUGAUGAAUGUAUCAGGAGGAGGCGCGCAGCUCAGGUGUUUGGUCGUCAUGGUGACGCACGGAGAGAAUAAUUUAACUUUUAGGGGUUUUGUUAUUGGAGAAUUGUAUAUUUUUAUAACACUUCAGGACACUCGCAGGAGAGAGAAUCAUUUUGUACAUUUUCUACACGACUAAACCCGGCGGGAGGACCAUCUUUCUGUGGAACAAUUGGCAACUAGAACAAUUUGUCAAGUAGAAACUUCACUUUGCUUCCUCCAGGAGAACUCUGGUCGUCUUUUUCUUUCCUCUUUUGUGUCCACGGCGACCACACGUCCCUCUUUUUUUUGUUUUUUGUGUGUGUACGUAAUUACCAGCUUCUUCACGCUGCUUUUCUUUCAACUCCGCUUCGACUCGCUUCCCUUCAAUAUUUGUUUCCAUCAGCGUCACUCCAGUAACACUCAAGACAUGAUCCCUAUUGUCUACUACCUGCAUAGUACUUCAAUCAAGUAUACUUCAUAGUACUUCAAUCAAGUAUACUUCUUCACUUCACCCCCCUUGACAAUCAACUAUAAUAAUUAUUAUCAAUAUAACUGCAAUGUAAGUAAUAUUAAUAAUAAUAAUUAUUAUCAGUAUUACUGCAGUGGAAGUCAUAUAAUAAUAAUAUUAAUAACACUAAUAAACUGGUUUGAUCGCUUUUAGGCCAUUUAAUAUAAUAACAUUUUUAUAUGUACAUUUUUUGGACAUUUGAAACAAUUAUUAUUAAUAAUACCACACAACAAUCUUUUCAACAUUUAAAAAAUCUAAAUUAUAUUAUAAUUAUCACAUUAGGACCUUUAUAAAAAAUGGUAACAUUUACCAUUAUUAUUUGUUUAAUAUAUUGAUGAAUAUUGUAUAUUUUUGCCACUUUUUUUUUUAUUUUAAAUGUUUUACUUCCUAAUGUGCUAAUUAUUAUUAUUAAUACCAUACAGCAGAAAUGUUGCGUUGUAAACAAAAACCAAAAAAUCCUAAUUAUAUUCUAAUUAUCACAUUAGUACUUUUUUUUAAAAUGGUAACAAAUGUUAACAAUUUUCCAUUAUUAUUUGUUUAUUAUAUUGAUGAAUUUUAGAUAUUUUAGCCACUUUUUAACAUUUUCAAAAACAUUUUUUUAAAGUUGCUAAUGUGCUAAUUAUUAUCAAUAAUACCAUUUGAUGAAUAUUGGAUAUUUUUUUACUUCCUAAUGUGCUAAUUAUU